AUCCGCGGACCGUUAAGCGCGUACCCUCCGGUUUCUGCUCCGACUUUCGCGCGACCCGAACGGAUCUUCUUUAUUCGUCUCCCCCCGUCCCGUUUGCGCGCUCUCUCUCUCUCUCCUCUCCUCUCCUCUCCUCUCGCCUCGCCUCGCCUCGCCUCUCUUUUGCUCUCCUCUCCGACAUUGAUACCUCGAUCGCGCCACGUUACUUCCCGACGGGUGUCGCGGAAUCGGUGUGAACAGGCGGGCCCAGGCGCACUUCUGCGACGCCUUGAAAAGGAAAAAAAAGAAGUUGCCCGCGGAGUACGUUGGUCCCGCGUGACGGCCGCGCUCGAAGGCGCGCAUACUGACGAGCCGCCGAUACGGAUAAUAGCUGUUUUGAUAGUCUGUGUCAAUGGGUCGUGUGAAUAAAAGCGAGGCGCGCGCUCUUCACGGGAAGGUGGAAGCCGCGUGUGCCUGUGCGUGCGUUGCGCGCGUGUACGUUUCGGAAGAAAAAAAAAGGGCCGACGCACAAGCGUGAUCCGCCGUGUGCCCUUCGCGCCCUAGAAACAUUCCGUUCCGCAGCCAAUUAACGCGCUUAGAGAAAUUGGCGCGAGUUAACGGAUUACGCAUCGUGCGCGCGAUCGGCGUACGUUGUCGAUAAUUUUUUUUCAAGCGUUUUGAUUUGCCUAAUCGUACGUAAAAUGGCACGUUUCCGGAUGCAAUGAGCGCGUUGUAGAUCAGGUGCCGUGCCCCAGGUCUCUCCUUUGCCCUCUUCCUCGGCGAAGCGCGUCUGCGAGUACCCGAAAAAAAAAAUGAAAUAACGUAAACAGCGUAAACGUGAUCUCGCGCGUUUCUGAAUGGGACGGACUUUUGUCUCCUUGUCGUUGAAGAAUCUCUGCGAGCGUCCGAACGUGUAUCGCUAGAAGAAAAGUUUGCUAAGUUUCCGGAUAUAGAGCGAUAUUACCACUAUUGUCGGGAUACAAAUGAGAGUAGCCCAGACCUACAGUAUGGUGGCUACACGUAUUUGACGUUGCGCCACAAUGGGCGCUACCGAACAAUUUUAUGCAGUGGAUCGAUCUGCAAGCAUUGGUAGCACAUAAUACCGUGCUGGAUAUAUAUGACUUGUAUCGCAAAACGAAAGAUACCACGGAAUCUAUUAAUCUAAACUCGAUAUAUAGCCCUGCAAAGUUGUCAUCGACAGCACGACACGAUGAUAGGAUAGUGAAUUCUAACGUACUGACUGGUACAGUCGAUGAAUCACUAUCCGGAAACACGGGAAACCUGCGGAAGGAACGGAAGAACGGGCUGAGUAACUGCCAGAAGGAUUUCGGUGAGGGGGCAAACUCUAAUGCGCUAGACAUCGGUAAAACGACGGAACCCACGUAUUCGUUCGUGAGAAAUAAAGCCACAAUUUUGUCCGAGUCGCAGAGAGAAAUUUGUUACGACGCAAAUACCGGGUUGCUUAGUCGCGUGUCAAAGCGUCCGAUCGACACGGGAAGCGUUGCCGGAUUGGGAGCCACGUCGGACAAUAUUGAGCACGAUAAAGAAACUUGUGACCCUGAUUGCACCACUUCUGUAGCAGAUAACGAGCCGCUUAAUUUAGUAGUAAAUCCGAGAGGAAGUAGACAGCGCAGCCAUACUUAUAGCGAGACGAAAGAUCGACUCUGCAAUUAUCCGCAUUCGUCGAGCGUCGAUAAAAAGACACUCCUGGUAGAUGGUGCCAUUUUAAGACAAUUAGACCAUUCCCCCGAUGUACAGAGUUUUUAUAGCGCAAAGUACAAGACAGUAGAUUACGGUUUAUUGAAGCUUUCCGAUUUGAACGAGUUGUCAUGUAAUUCGGACAAAGGUAAAGAACUACUGAGGGCCAUCGGUAAAUUUCAUGCCGGUAGCGGUGAGGUAAAUGGCAAGGUUCUGAAAAACGGCGAUUUGAAGCAAGAGAGCGUGCAUGUUCUGGAUAAGUACGUCACGCAUGUAUUACCGUCACGCUUGAGUGACAGUAAAUCGAAGGCGUCAUCUUGGACAAACUUACAGUCGAAUGUCAAAUGUAACAGUAUCAAGAAAGAAUGCUGCAGUGAGGAAGAGGCGCACAAGUCAGAGAAUACCGAUCUAGUGGCCGCCUGCAACCCGAGGUUGAGCAAUUGGGCGUGUUUCGAAAUGUCAGGACAGUAUCCGGGUCACAGCCGACCACCGGUUGGCACACCUCCACCGCAGACCGUCUGGAACCAUCUCACUAUGACGCCGGGUCAAGCUCUCAAUAUCCACUCGACGUUGUCCGGUGCCUCGUUGAGUCCAGCUGGAUUCUACACGCAUCCAUCCAUGGCACGAGCGUCCCAUCUGCCAUCUCAGCUUACCCCGCAGCUCGCUCACACGCAAGCACCGCCGACAUGGCAUACACCCACGGUACCCUCAAAGAACGCCACGCCGGCCAACACGCCGGGCAAUCCCCUGUUCAGUUUACAAAUGUUGGUGGACAAUCGGCAAAAUCAAAAUCAGUACAGAAACUCGCCAGGCUCGCAGAGCACCUUGGAUCUCUCGUCCACGUCGGAGAUCACUUCGGAGAAUUACUCUCGGAUAACGCAGGAUAUUCCCAUCAGCUUGACCGCGAGAAAUGUGGAUAAGGGCAGUCGAAACGGAAACAUAAUCUCACCACCGAUACCGCUUAACGGGGAGACCUCGUCGGACAGCGGAAUUAGUUCGUCCGUACCAACGCCAAACUCCGUCAGCGAACCGGUCUCGCUGUCGACGAAGGAGGUCUCUACUCCUAAGAUAACAGUGAAAAACUUUGAGAGCAAUCUAAAGGGAGUUGCGAAUCUUCACGAUAAGAUUAAGGAAAUGAAUGUAGAUAAUUUUACGCAGAAAGUGAUAAAUUUGCCGCCUAGUGUAACAAUAGAGAGGGUGGUCGCGGACAAGAAAGAAUCCGAAGCUUCUGCAAAAGCCAAGGAUAUGUUGAGUGUUAUCGCGCAAGUGCCAAGGAACGUCCUACCACCUGUUAUAGUCAAUCUCACGUCCAAGAUGGAGAAAGACGUCACGGACAGUCCUAAGCGAGAAUCCUCCUCCGAGAGGGACAGAAAGCACGAGGAGACGAGCGUGAGGUCACCUAAGAACUUGCCGAAGAGAGGCAAAAAGGGCGUCGAUUCUCUGUUGGAAAAGCUAGAAGGUGGGAACAAGAAGUACGUGAGUACCGAGAAUAUCGGUUCGGUGAUCGUAAUGGCGAUAGAGGAGAAGGACACGUCCAGCGUUAAGAGUAUGUCGCCGGAGAGACAGAAGUCUAAAUCGCCGACUCGGGAGGACGAGGUGGUGUCGCCGGCUUUCAGCAACGACGACUCGAACGACAACACCAAGCAACGUAGAAAACGAAAACUGGAGAAACCUGUGAGGCUGAGCAAGGACUCGAAGACAGAGGUCGAGGACAUGGAACUCGAGCCCACGGAGCCGACGGAACCGAGGACUGUUGACCCGUCGUUGGAAGAGACAACCAGCUCCACGGUCGCGGCCGACGUUAAAACGCAGGAGCAGCUCGCCAGAGGAGCGGAGGAGAGAAUAUCGGACAAGGCAGCGUUGGACGAGAUCACGGGGGAAAGAUCGGAGGAGAGUCGGCCGAUUCGAAGGCGGAGUAGUAGCGAGGAGACUACGACUAGCAACUCGACACCGACGACUCAGAGGACACGAAGAAAAUCCAACGAGGACGCAUCGCCCGAGUUCCCGAAAGCGAUGAGUCCAAAGGAUACGAGUAACACGACAACGGCGACGUCGGCGACGACGAAUCCCUUCGUCGAGGUCGAGUCGGAACUGGCGAAGAUGUUCGCCGGUAUCGUGGAAGCGGAUCCGGAGGUCAAAAAUGAAGAAUCAAAAGCGGAACUCGCGAGCGCGCAGAUCCAAGGUGACGGCGCCCCGGUGAAAUUCGAGGGUCUUGAGAAUAGUAUCCUACCGAUGACAGAUUCUCAGAACGUUCAGAGCAAUCCCAUCGAUGUUUCCUCCACGGUGGACACCAAGUUGUCGGGGAAAAGGGGUAAGAGGGGCAAGAUGCAGGGUGGUAAGAGAAAGAUCUCCAGGUCGACGGAGAACAUCUUUGGCACGACGGACGACUCUCCGCAGAAAGAGGUGAAGAAGAGACGAACGUCCAAAGGUUCGAAGAAGCAGGACCAAGCGUCGAAGAAAGCGAAGAAGAACACCAAGAUUGACGGCCUGCGGGAGAUGGCGUACGAUUCGGGCUCGAACGCGAGUUCGAUCAGGUCGCGAGGGCCGGUGGUCCACGUGGAGGGGCCAAGGGAUAGUCCAUUGAGCAUCCAAGUGGUAAACGCACCACGGGAAGACGAGGAGGAGAAGAGCAAGGAGAAGCGGAAAAGCGUCGGCAACGGAAACGGGGGCCGAAGCAAGAGGCUCAGUCAUCAAAACGAUUUAGAUUACAGGGGUAAAGUCAGUAGAGCAGGUCUCUUCAGUUCGACGUUGUCCUCGCGAUACGACGCGCAUACUACGGACUCGACUUGGGUCUGCGUAUUUUGCAAGCAAGGUCCCCAUUCGGUUGUAGCUGGAGAUCCGUCCAGGCCGCAUCCGAAUUUGGCCGGACCGCAUAUCGCGACUGGAACGUACACGGUUCCAGCUGGCGUGUUAAGCGACUUAUUUGGCCCAUAUUUGAUCGGCAAGGAGCGAUUGGAGGACGGCAUUUUAUCGGCCGACGAACAGGAAAUUAUGACGGAACAGAAGAAAGGCGGUAAGAACAAGAGGAGCUUGAGGUACGCGGGUCUGGCCGACCAGUUCUCCGCGAAGAUGGGCAAGAAGAAGCGGAAUUCCGUUGAAAGUAACACUAACACCAUUUUUACGGGUAUGACUCUGCAUCCCGGCGGGGAGGAACAACGGUGGGAGGUGUGGCUUCACGAGCAGUGCGCGGUAUGGGCGGCCGGGGUAUACAUGGCGGGUGGCAGGGUGACAGGAUUGCAGGAAGCUGUGUGGGACGCCGCUAAAUCAGUAUGCGACUCCUGCGGCUUGACAGGCGCGAAUAUCGGUUGCGUGAGGCGUGGCUGUAAAGCUGUCUCGCAUUAUCCGUGCGCGCUGACGAAAGGCUGGCACCUCGACACAAAUCAGUACAUACCUAAGUGUAAUCUGCAUCGAGUUACGUGAAACGCCGGUGAGUCUAUGAGCAUAGGCUAAUAUGGAAGUAGGUCGUAUUCACAUUAUAUCACACUGAGAUUCGGCUUUAAUUAGAUGCACCGAAUAAUGGGCAAUAAUGUAAGAGACUUAAGUAUAUAAAUCCGUUUAUGACUGAAGAUAGCCUUACUAGUUAGUAAGGUAUGUUCUAGUUAAUAAAGGAGCAAAACAUCCUCAUGCGACAGAAUUGGUUUGUGUGUAACGUAACAAAGUUACAUCGGGACGUAAUUAACGGGUGGGAAAGAAUUAAUCGGCGUAAAAUAGAUGAUAUUUAAAAUACUAAAGUAUAUUGACAUAUUGUUGAUUAAAUAUUUUAUUUUUUCUGUUCGAAAUUCGAGAUAAAUCGACUUUUUAUUUGACGUUGAAUUGGAAUUGUCUAAUCAUGCAGUGAUGUUUUGAGCUUGUACUCCUUGUAUUACUUGACGCAUAAAUGUAUCUGCAGCAUUAAAGUAUAAAUGCAAAUACAAUUGUACUAAUUUCCGGACAUCAAGUUUAGAAUCAAUAUGCUCGAGAAAAAUAUCUUCCAAUGUACAAGAUGUUUAAACAUUAUGAAAAGGAACAAAGAUGACCGAGGAAAUAGGUAUUUUUCUUCGUGAUUAAACUUAAUUUGAUUUUUUUGGCCUGUGUGGCCUUGAAUGGUGGCCUUUUCGACUUAAUAUAUAAACCAGAUAUAAAAGCAAGAUUUUUAAUUUCGAAUUUAUAGAAUAAACGGAUCGCUAUCGAGGAACAAUGAUAAUCAAAAAUAAAGACGUUUGCUUUUUUACUCACGUUUAUGAAGAUCUAAAACUAUCGCAGAUUUUCUUAACAACAUCAUGUACGCAGGAAUACACGAAUAGGGCAUAUUGUAUUUAAUAUUAUCGACAACUGUAAAAUUGUGACAGUAAAAAUCAGACACGUAUAAAUAUAGUAAGACGAAGUAAGUCAAUAAUGUAAGCGAAAAUUGAAUAUUCUCUUUUCUUUUUCGCAAAGGUUCAGCAUAAACAUGUAAGGCAAGUGUUCUCUGAUAAAUGUAAAAUCAACUGUUUGUAAAUAACAAGAAUAAAGGGACUAUUGUAUUAUUGAAACAUCAUAAUUACACUUUGCAGUUUUUAGAAAACUUUGCAUGUAUUAUUUGUGAAUAAAAAUAAUGCAUACAUAUGUUUCAUGACAAAGUA